UGCAAUACGGAGGCGGAAUUGUAAAUGCUGCGCAAGAAAAUAGUACACAAGAAGAUGGCACCGACAACGAUCGCAGCGACGUCGAGCGUUACAACGGCAGCACCAGUGCUACUCCCGCCACCUCCGAUAGCGCUGCCGAGAGAAGCAACAGCGACGACAUCACCGCCGAGCGUUACACCGGCAGUGCUACUCCCGCCACCCCCGACAGUGUUGCCGAUGACGAGAGAAGCGAACAGAUCGGUGAAAAUAAUAAUAAUUAUAUGUUUAAUCAGAUUUCCGUCGCGUGUGCGGGCGAGGACGACAUGACGGUACGUUGCCGGUGGUGCGGUGUGCCCGAAUUCGUGUUCCGCGAUGAUCCGGUGAGGCAAUUCGUCGAUUUUGUUACGAGAACGACGAAAUGUUUCAAGCAGAUUAUNUGCAUCGCGCACAACGCCAAGGCGUUCGACGCGCAGUUCAUCCUUCGUUACAUCACGGAAAAACGUGUCGAUUUGGAUCCACGAGUAAUAUUAAACGGAACGAAGAUCGUCGUAUUAACGGCCGGGCGUACGAAAUUUAUUGACAGUAUUACCUAUAUGCCGAUGCGCUUGUCAGCUCUGCCGAAGGCUUUCGGUUUGAGGGGUGGGGUGGAAAAGGGAUAUUUUCCGCAUUUAUUUAACACACUCGCGAAUCAGUCGUACGUCGGUCCGUUACCACCCGUUAAAUAUUACUCGCCGGAUAGUAUAUCUAGCGAAGAACGCGAACGUUUUUUGUUGUGGCACUCGGAAUAGAUGCGCGAAAACGCAGUUUUAAACUUUCAACGCGAGAUAGUUCGUUAUUGUCGUAACGACGUUUAUAUCUUGCGGCGAGCGUGCAUGGCCUUCCGCAAGAUAUUUCUCGAACGCGGAAACGUAUGUCCGUUCGAAGAAUGCACGACCAUCGCUUCCACAUGUAUGCGCGGUUUCCGCAAAAACUUUUUACGUGAGGAAGAGAUCGGCGUCAUUCCUCGCGGCGGAUAUUGCCUCGCGGAUACACAAUCCCGCAAAGCUCUGCAGUGGCUGGUGUGGAAGGAGCGCGAGCUCGGCCGCAUCAUUGUUCACGCGGGUCACGGGCGAAACCAUCGUCUCGCGGAAGUCGGAGGCAUUCCCGUCGACGGGUAUUACGAGACGACGAACGGUGAGCGUCACGUGUUGCAAUACCACGGCUGCUUUUGGCACGGAUGUCCCGUGUGUUUUAAAACGGAACGCGACAAACAUCUCUGCACGGGGGAAUGCGAAGUGUACGACACGAUGAACUCGCGAUACGAGCGUACACUGACAACGUCAUGGCGUCUUCGCAAACGAGAGUACAUCGUGACGGAGAAAUGGGAGUGCGCUUUUGAUCGCGAUACGCGGGAAAAUUGCGAAAUGCGAGCGUUUUUAGACCAACAUCCGAUGCUCGCGGCUGAACCGCUUUCACCGCGUGACGCGUUUUUAGGCGGUCAAACGGGAAACAUCGCGAUUCGGCGCAAAGUUACGGGUACGGAAAAAAUACGUUACGUAGACGUGUGAUCUCUAUAUCCUUACGUGUCGAAAACUGGCGCUUUCCCGAUUGGACAUCCAAAAAUUCUUGUCGGACAAAAAGAGUGCGCCUCACUCAUCGGAGCGAUGCCCGGUGUCGAUUUUUCCGCGGUCGAAGAGCUUGUGCGUUGUAGAGUGCUUCCUCCGCGCAAUCUCUUUUACCCUGUACUCCCGUACCACGUGCAGGGCAAACUACUGUUUGCCUUGUGCCGCAGUUGCUGCGAAAACUUCUCGCAGACACAAGAGGCGAGCGGAUGGCCGAGCGAAUGCGUAGACGACCAAUCUAAAGAACGAUAUCUUCGAGAAUACAAAGCAGUCGAGAGUAUCGCUCUAGAUAGAGCAAACAUUGCGCAAAAUUCAGGUUUACGCUCGGUUGCAAAGCUGUGCCUCAAUUCGUUUUGGGGAAAAUUCGGGCAACGGUCGAACUUGACGAGUACCGAAGUGGUAAAGUCGCAAGAACGUCUCGUAUCGCUAUUGUCGAGCCCCGAGCACGAGGUAACCGAUACUACAUGGGCUGAAAAGUCCCGGGAUUUUUCAAUAGGUGACGCCACUAGAAAAUUAACAUAA